UUAAUUACAAUUUUAGAAUUGUUAUUUAUUAGAAAAAAAACAUACCGUACGUUAAACCGAAUUCAACCCGUCCAAAUUAGAUAUAGAGUUAAAUAUAGAGCGAUAUCCAAUAGCCAAAGUUAGUAAAUAAUAAUUGUAAAAUGUCAACACUGAAUCCACUUUUGGCAGUUUUUCUAACCCUACCCAAAGCUUCUCUAAAACAUCCAACAACUGAAUUUUCCAUUCAGAAUACAGGGAAUUAAAUUCAAAAAUGCUGCUUGGGUGCUCUCUGUCGACCACUUUUGACAUAGUGUCAGGGUGACGUUCUGUCAUGACAGCACAGCAAAAUAUCGAACAGAAAAAAAAACAGUAGAAAAAAUCUUUGCAAACGAUUUGGAAGAAUGAUGUGUACACAUACGAUUCACCAUCAGCGCAACGCGCAGUGAAAAAUACACUAGUUCUGUGCUAGAUGCCGUGUUGGGAACGAAAUUUUCGUGUGUGAGGCUGCAGCAGGGCCUAUUUUAAUUUGUGCUGUUUACAGAUCGUACACGUCCGCCCACCCGACGGUCAUGCUGUGAAGAAUCGAAGUUUCUGCAUGCAACGUAUGCACAAGUGAUCGGUGCAUUCUGAGUCGGUCAUUGCAAAAGAUUUGCCGAUAAAGCGCAUCUUUCGUGCGUAUGUGUGGUGAAUUGUCGCUAGAGCAAUUUGUAUACGGAAAAGUGUUUCGGAUGGUUAUAGGCAGCUAUAAGCCCGUAGUCAACAUGCAAAAAGAUUAUUAGUUGUGCUUCUACGUGGCCUGUUGAGGAAUUGAUGAAUGAAACACUUCUCAGCGGUUUCGGGUGCAUGUGUGUGCAUGAUUGAUGUGUGAAAAGGUGGUAAAGAUGCUGCCAUGUGAUGAAGGUUAAGCCACACUGUACCAAGGUUGGAUAAUAAUAAUCGUCGCAAUAAUAAUCCCCCCAAAGUGUUGGCCCCCCAUCGAGUGUUGGAGAGCAAUAAAGCGAGAGAGAGCGAGUAAUAGCGGAUAGUAAGGCAAAAGUGUAGUGUUGGAAAAUCCUCCUUACGUAAGGUGGUAAGUCAAUAGUGCAAGGAAAAGUGCAAUAUUGAGCGGCAGCUGAUAUCUUCAACCGCAGCUAUACCCGGAGCUAUUUACCCGUUUACGACGACGUUUCGCUGCGGGCAAGGGAGCGAUAGUGGAGACGAUUGGUUCGUGAACACGGCGCGUAAUUCACACGCAUCAGAAUGUCGUUCGUCAGCGGUACCACCGACACCGAGGCGGCACAAAAGUUUCUCGAGGUGCUGCAGAACGAUUUUCGCAAUCUUUCGCUCGAGACGAAGAAGAAGUUUCCACAGAUCAAAGAGUCAUGCGAGGAAGCGAUUCUGAAAUUAAAAUCGGCAGGUGCUAAUCCGCAAACACCUGUCUACUAUGUGGUCAACCAGAUCCUUUAUCCGCUGGUGCAGGGAUGCGAGUCAAAGGAUUUGAAAAUAAUCAAAUUUUGCCUCGGGAUGAUGCAGCGGCUCAUCACACAACAGGUGGUGGAUCAGAAGGGUGCGCGCUACAUCACCGACACCCUCUGGAUGCUGAUGGAGAACGGUACGGAGGAGGUGAAGGUACUGCAAAGUGUCACCCUUCUGCUCACCACAAACACGGUCGUGCACGGAGAGACGCUGGCAAAAACGCUGGUCCUUUGCUUUCGGCUACACUUCACCAAGGACUCGACAACGAUCAAUACGGCCGGUGCAACCGUGCGGCAGCUAGUCUCGCUUGUGUUCGAACGAGUGGUCGCCGAAGAAGCGGAAGCAGAUGCCAACCAGGACGAACGACGUGAGGUGAACCUGGAGGAGUUGAAGCUAGCCACGGGGGUGGCACCGAAAGGUUUACUGCCGUGCGCGGCCGAUGCAUUUUUACUGUUCCAGGAUCUGGUGCAGUUGGUCAACGCUGACCAACCAUACUGGCUGUUGGGCAUGACGGAGAUGACCCGCACAUUCGGGCUGGAAUUGCUCGAGUCCGUCCUUACGCAGUAUACGUCGGUGUUUUACAGAAAUCCAGAAUUUAGCUUUCUGCUGAAGGAGCGCGUCUGUGCGCUGGUGAUAAAGCUCUUUUCCCCCAACAUCAAGUACCGCACCAUCGCUCCACAGGCCGGUGUAGGCGGAGCAGGAGUACAACCAGGCGGUGGUGCGCCGCACGACAAACCGUACUUCCCCAUCAGUAUGCGGCUGCUGCGUGUGGUCUCGAUACUGAUCCAAAAGUAUCACAGUCUGCUGGUAACGGAAUGUGAAAUCUUCCUAUCGCUUAUCGUGAAGUUCCUGGAUCCGGACAAACCGGCUUGGCAGCGAUCGCUCGCACUGGAAGUGCUACACAAGAUGACCAUCCAGCCGGAACUGCUCAUUUCAUUUUGUCGGUGUUACGAUCUCAAGGAUCAUGCGACGAACAUCUUCCAGGACAUUAUUAACUCACUCGGGACUUAUGUGCAGAGUUUGUUCAUCAACCCGCAACUGCUCAGCGCGUCGCUUGGAACCGGUGGUGUCGGAGGAAGUGGUGGCGGUGGUGGCAAUGGAGGUGGUGGAAGUGGCAGCGGGGUCGGAGGAACAUCUGGGCAGCAGUCGCAGCUAAUGGGCGGUAUGCCGGUAGGACCGGGAAUUUCUCCACAGCCUGGUUUCAUUUUUCGUGGCGUGUUCCUCCCGCUAGUGGUAACAUUUCCGAGCGGGCAGUCGAAGUCUACCUUUCUGGAGAUGCUGGAUAAGAUGGAACCACCACCCAUCCCGGAUGGGUAUGGGAUAUCGGUGGCGUACGCCUGCCUGCUCGACAUUGUACGUUCGAUUUCGCUUUCGAUACAGGGUCCGUCCCAGCUGGGAGAGGAAACCCCGGCACCGUAUAUGCAGCGCGUGAACGAAGCGGACAAGGCACUGCACAUUCAGCUGAUACACUCAAGCUGGCUGGGAUUACUGACGGCGCUGGGUCCACUGAUUGAUGCCGCGACGGAUGAAUCCUCCACAGAGAGCGUGCUGAAGGCAAUCCAAAACUAUGCGGCAUUGUGUGGUCUGCUGGAGCUGCACACGCCGCGGGAUGCCUUCAUUACGGCGCUUUGCCGUGCCUCGCUACCACCGCAUUACGCAUUGUCGGUGCUGAACGUGAACUAUCAGGGUAACGCGUUCAAAUCCCACAUGCGCCUGGGAAGCCAGGAUAUGACGGCGGCGGGCAUUGGCUAUCACGGAGGUACCUACGCGGACAUCGAUCAGCAGCAGCAGCAACGGCACCCAGUGGUGGCCGUUGGCACGCCGCUCCCAACGUCCUCACUACCCGUCGGUGCCCAUCAGGGACCCGUACUGUUGACCGCCAAAAAUCUGCAGUGCAUGCGCUCGGUACUACAUCUGGCCCACUGUCACGGUAGCAUUCUAGGCAGCUCGUGGCACAUUGUGCUCACAACGUUGCAGCAUUUAGCGUGGAUCCUCGGUCUGAAGCCUUCUACUGGUGGAAGCUUGCAGGCCGUUCAGAAGCCUCCGACCGACGCGAACUCCAUCACCCAAGUCAUGACCGACCUGCCGGUUCUAUCGACGAUGCUGAGUCAGCUAUUCGAAUCCAGCCAGUAUCUGGACGACGUCGCACUGCACCAUCUCAUCGACGCGCUGUGUAAGUUGUCGCACGAAGCGAUGGAACUGGCGUACAACAAUCGUGAACCGUCACUUUUCGCAGUGGCAAAACUACUAGAGACGGGUCUCGUCAAUCUGUCCCGCAUCGAGGUGCUGUGGCGCCCGUUAACGAACCACCUGCUGGAGAUCUGUCACCAUCCGCACAUUCGCAUGCGAGAAUGGGGCGUGGAAGCGAUAACGUAUCUGGUUAAGGCCGCCCUGCAGUACAAGUACGAGCGACCCUUGAAGGAGAAUUUAAAACUGCAAACGCUGUUGCUAGGACCGCUUUCAGAAUUGUCGUCGGUACCGCACGGUGACGUACGCCAGCGCCAGCUAGACUGUGUGUUGCUCGUUCUGAAUGGUGCAGGAGAAACAUUAUCGCACGGUUGGCCGCUAGUGCUGGGUAUUAUCGGUGCCGUUAGCGACCAUCAUGGUGAAUCCUUGAUCCGUAUCGCAUUCCAGUGCUUGCAGCUAGUUGUAACAGACUUCCUGCCCGUCAUGCCCUGGCGUUGUCUACCGUUGUGCGUCAACACAGCGGCAAAGUUUGGUUCGCAAACACAGGAGCUCAACAUUUCGCUGACCGCCGUUGGUUUGAUGUGGAAUAUUUCAGAUUACUUCAAUCAAAAUCAGGAGAAACUAUCGCAAACCGUUUGCGAUGAUAUGUCGGUGCUACCGGACUUCCCGGGAACGUUAAAUAUGCCCCACUUCGACCGUUUGUGGAUGUGUUUGUACGCUCGGCUCGGUGAUCUGUGCGUGGAUCCACGUCCAGCCGUAAGGAAAUCUGCCGGUCAAACUCUUUUUUCCACCAUUUCUGCACAUGGUGCUUUAUUAAACCCGCCAACCUGGCAGGCCGUCCUGUGGCAGGUGCUGUUUCCACUGCUGGAUAAGGUACGGGCACUUUCUAGCUGUGCUAGCAACGAAAAGGUCGACACCAGUGGAAACAUUCUUAUUCAUCAUUCGCGUAACACAGCCCAAAAGCAGUGGGCCGAAACUCAGGUUCUCACACUGUCGGGUGUGUCGAGGGUAUUCAAUACGAAGCGUGCGUUGCUACAGAUGUUGGGUGAUUUUCCGCGAGCUUGGGCGCUCUUGUUAGAAUUCAUUGAAAACUCAGCGCUCAGUAAAAGCAACGAAGUCUCACUAGCGGCGCUUAAAUCAUUCCAAGAAAUCCUCUACAACCGUCCUUCAGCACCAUCUGCGGGUGGAGCAACAUCCGCUUCAACGGGUGGUGUCGGAGAUGAAGCUAGUGCGGUGCGAACAUCACCAGCGGCCGCUGAAGCCGACAUUUGGAACGUAGCGUGGCGUGUUUGGUUAAAUAUUGGUGCCGAAAGUACUAAACCUCCGACGCUUGGUGAUCUCUCCGAGAAGGGUACCGGAGCUAGUGGCAAUAACGGCAGUGCCAGUGAGGAUCUAUACAUCCCCAGCCAAGCCUUCUUGACCGCCUUGGUACACAUCUUUCCGGCACUGUUUCAGCAUAUACGGGCGCGUUUCAACAGUAAAGAUCUAACGCAACUCUGUGCAGUGUUAAUGAACGCUGUAGCCGUUCCGGUGCACAGUGAUUCGACGCCUUACAUUAUGUCCACCAUUUCGGACUCGCUCUUAACACCAUUACACGACGGUGUGCUAGACUGCAUGGAGUUGCUUCAGAAGGAAGCCAUCCACGGUGGUGGCGGUGGCAGCGGAAUAAAAAAUAUGAUAUCGGCCAUUUUUAAGCAAUUGUUAAGUUUCAGUAAAUUUGCCUGUGCUCCUCCGAGUUUUGAUCGCAUUGAAACGCGGCCUCUGAAAUCGUCGAGAAGCGGGAGUGGUGGCACGGGCACAAACACUGGAAGCAAUAGCACCGGCGGUCUCAUUCACCCCGUUUCAUCCACAACCAAUGCAAACGGCGUCGAAUGGGUCAGCAUGAACUACAUUCCGUUCGGCGAGAAAGCGUUGACUGUUGCCGUAAAGCUUUAUCAACAGACGGCCAACGAUGUGGCGGUGAUUGAAGGGCAGAUACUGCACGAAAUUAUCAAAGCACUACAUCUGCCACUGUCGCUAAAAUAUAAGUGUAUGUCCUCGAGCACUUGGAAGUUGGCUAUUUCUAGCCUGAUCAGUGUGCUGCAUACUGGGUUGCCAGUGGCACGAAAACACCCAAAACAGUUUGCCUCCAUGUGGAAAGAUCUAGCAGAUACAUUGGAUCAGUUUUUGUUUACGAAAAGCAUUUGCAUCGUCGAGGAUCGCGGACUAGACGAACUUAUCUUGGACGAAACAAUCGAUUGUCAGGUGAUCGAGCUGAUACGCGAUGAAAUUCUCCCAUACAGCCAAGAGAUCCCGCAACAGUUCAUCUUGGACGCGGUCGUAAUCUUGAACAAGGGUUCUAUUCAUUCGGCAACGACCGGUAGCACACCGUUUGCUGGCUGCGAAACAGAGCUUAAGUUACGCGAAGAGUUCGCAAAGACGUGCUUCGAAACAUUGCUUCAGUUUUCGCUGCUGGACGACCGUGUCGGUACAGCGGCUGCCAAUGCGGUUGACGAAAAGGAUACUAAUCUGGCGAACAAUAACUCCACCUUAUGCGACAGUCAGGGCAGUAAAAUGUCUGAGGGAGGUAUUGCGGGACAGCUAGCGAUAACGGCACUGCUGCACCGGUUCGAGGAGGUUCUUAGAAAGUUCAACGAAGACGAACGGUUAAGUGGCAAAUUUCCUUUACCAAGGUAUCGUUUAUCGGAAAUUUCGUUCGUGCUAAAAGCCGUCGCUACUCUUGUGAUAUCCAUGAAAAAAGCACCUCCUGCUAAAGUUGGUACUACCGCCUGGGAGCAACUGAUCAGUCUAUAUCCCUAUCUGGUCGAUUGUACAACAACCAGCUCAGCAGAGGUAUCUCGUUCCCUUCGUGAGGCGUUGUUGCAAUACUGUGAUUUGCUGCGACCUCCGUGCACUGCUGGUGCGGAUGCAAACGGUCACACUGGAUCAGGACACAGCAGCGGCCUAACCACCAAUAACAAUGAAAUCGUGAACACAAACGGUAUCAGCCACUGUUAGCUGAUGUCCAACACCUCGUCCAGUUUCUUCUUCCUCGUGUGGUAUGAUUCGGGUUUAUUGAUGAAGUUACUGGUCUAGGUUUGCAGUUUUUUUUUGCAAAACGGUCAAACGCCGACUGAUUAUUGGCCAACAGACACACACUCGCGCAAUGUGGACAGUGAAAAAUAUUUACUUUAUCAUAAAUCUGAUCGCCAUAAACAGCGAAGAAAUUGUGCCGACAAAUGGUGACGUAUUUGUUUUUCGCCAAUCGUAUGAUGAGAAUUAUAGAGCAAGUAAUGUGCGAAUAAGGAAUGUAAUUUGUUGCAAAGAAGCAGAGAGCAAUAGAGAAAUAUCGAUGCACUUAUGAAACAGAUAUCUAUUUUCGUUAGUAUUAGCAUUAUUCGUUCAUGCCACUGUUAUUAAAAUUGCAAUUACAUUUCGUUACAAUUUAAAGGCACUAACGAGAGGUUUGCAAGUAAUGAUAAAUGCACGGAGCUUUUGGAAAGCAAGUUUAAGCGACCCAGUUUAUCAUACUUUUAUUAUUUACCGUAGCUACCGAUAAAGCCGGAUUGCCGGUCGGAGUAUCAUGCACAGUUUAGUAAAUUCGAAACCAUUACAUCCGUAAUGCCAAUGCCGAUAGGAUUAUCCCUUACCCGUUUCAUGCAGCAGUUACGCAGUAAAGUAUUUGUCCUUACCAUCAUAUCGAUACAAUACAUAAUUUACUUCAGUAGCGUAGAAAAAGUUCUUGUAGUGUUCUUGUUCAAUUCAUUCAUCCGUAAGUUCGCAUAUUGCACAUUUUCUUCUACAAAAAAAAAACAAUAUUCAACAACCAUACAUUAUCAAAAAAGAUAUCAUCAAAACGAAAACCUCCACAAAUUAAAACUAUGUCAAGCAACAACAGCUUUCUAACGUUCCUCGUUCCACACGUUCCAGUUAGCAUUAUUAGCAUAUUAGCAGCACUAGCACGAUUUAGCAUGCUGCAAUGUACGAGUUUAAAUGACUAGAAGGAAAUACAAACCAUCUUAAUAUGAUUGCCCAACAUGUUGCAUUCGGCUGUCUUAUGUUGCGUGAAAAUGAAAGAGAAUUAGUUCACUAGUUUUCGAUUUAAAUGCUUACAUUCAGAACAAAACCAUGGUGCAUGGUUAAAAGUAAUACUACUGAGCAGAGAGGGGCAAAACGAGAGCUAAUUGAAAAACGAUCUGCCACAAAAGUUUGGUAGCUGUAGGCCAAAUCCUCGACCUGACAAGAUUCCUAAUCUUUUACCCGCACUUAAGUAGUUGUUAAGGGAGUAAACCGGGCGAGGAAGUGAAAUCAUCUUAAAUGGUUGUGUUGUGAAUGAAGUGAAUAAAGAUUUUAAAAAAUCACCCCCCUAAUUACAGGUCUCGCUCCAAGUGUCGUAAAAUAUUCGAAUGCAAACCGACAGUCGCCGUUUUCUGAGGAACAUACAAAAAAGCAAUUCCCCACCCUUCCUUUCUUCCCUUUCUAGAUAUAAAAAGCUUCUUCGUUAUUGCCAGCCAGGAAGUUUAAGAGCGAAAUUUUACAUUCAGAAUACAGGUGCAUGGCUGUCAGUAGUUGAACAAAUGUGUCGUAAAUUCAUAUUUAAAGCUACGGCCCAGCGCUCUAUUCAGUUUUAGCAAAAAGGAACCGAGCUAUUCCGAGCUGGCGAUUGCUAACUCGAAUGGAGGAGUUUUAACGAAUUUACAUUGAAAAGGUAUCUAGAAUUCAAAUAAAGAUUUAUUAGCGACAACAUGA